GGCAGACUGCCAAUCGAUGCAGCUAACAUGGCUUGUCACUGGCACCAAGCAGGCUUGAUCAACAUUAAUUGCCCGGGAUGUGUUUUUUACUGUUAAUUUUCUUGUCGCAAAGAGGGCGACAGGAGCAGCGCGCGGUGUAACGGACCUUUUAACCAGUGUUUUAACAGCCGUUGUUGCAGUGAUUGCACCAACCAAAAACCGUGUUGUGGUCCAUCUCAAGGAGGAAACUAUCACCUCUGUCUCCUCGCCAAACUGCAUCACGGAAGACUAUUCUCACGGUGCCAGCGCCCACCAAAACAGACAAACCUGCAAACUGCCUACAGGAGCUAACAGCGGGAUACCUGAGCUGGUUAACAUUAGCUAACUUGGCUACGUCAAGAACUUUGUUGGCAAGCUACCGUCAUCUGCUCUGGAUAUCAGCCGUGUUUUAACCGGGUGGCUCUGGUCAAAGUUCCAGUUUAGAUGUUGUAACGUUAUUCGCUGCCUGGAAAACUCGGUGCAGGAGAUAAAGCGGGGGCAUAAUGCUUGUUGUAGUUGCAAAAGUUAGCUAACAUCUAGCUAGCAAGCCGUGCUAGUCUUUUUAACGUGACUCACUGGCUGUAGAUGAAUGUAACGAAUCGUAACAUCGGGUGUUGCCUGCCUGUCGCCCCUUCACUGAAACGCUGGCGAUGACUCGCCUAUGACUGAAGAAAAGACUUUGCAUUGUCUCCUGCCACGCCGGGGACAAAAAACGUCGAUUUUAUUUGACAAGAAUACUUCGAUUUCUGUGACAGCAGUAUGAUGGGAUCCCUGAAGGCUCUCCAGGAGUGGUGUCGGAUACAGUGUGAAAAUUACAACGAUGUGGAAAUAAAGGACAUGUCAACGUCCUUUCGGGACGGUUUGGCAUUUUGUGCCAUAAUACAUCGUUACAGACCAGAUUUAAUAAACUUUGGCUUGCUGUCUAAAGAGAAUGUCUACGAGAACAACCGACUGGCAUUUGAAGUGGCCGAGACACAGCUGGGGAUUCCAGCCCUGUUGGACCCAGAAGACAUGGUGUCCAUGAAAGUGCCUGACCGGCUCAGCGUCAUCACCUACGUCUCCCAGUAUUACAACUUCUUCAACAACAAGUCUCAAGCAAACCCUCCUUGCAUGAAGAGGCUGAGUUCUGUUGAUCAUAACGAGCCAGUCCAGAAAAGGACUCCGACCCCUUUGGAAGACAAAGUGGUUGAGUCUGAGUCGAGCCAGCCAACGCAGACAGGUGUGGCAGCGUUUGCAGGGGCCAGGCGCAGCACGCUCAGCAGCACCUGCGCUGCCUGCCAGAAACAUGUCCACCUUGUGCAGAGGUUUCUGGUGGACGGCAAGCUCUACCAUCGCAACUGCUUCAGGUGCACAGAGUGUCACAGCACUCUGCUUCCUGGAUCUUACAAAUUGGGGAGUGACACCGGGGCUCUGGUCUGCACACAUCACCUUGCAAGGCAUGCUUUAGCCAACCAGAAUGGCCGACCAGAUCUUAGCAAAAAACCAAUGGCAGCUCAGUCUGCCAGGAUUGGUCGCAGCACAACUCCUCACACUUCGCCCUCUGAGAGGGACGAGGCCAAGACUCCAUCCCCAGUGGGUCGAACAAACGAUGCUGACAUGUCUGCCAAUGACUCUGUCUCAGUCACUCCUGUUCCAACAAGUAAAGCAGACUCUUUGGAAACAUUAAAAGAGAUGGAUGGUAGUGGAGCGACAGAGGAGAUGCCACGUUCUUCUUCUCCUCCGAACCCUUUUGACGAGAGUGAUGAAGAGGAGGAGGGAGAGAAAGAGAAAGACACUCAAACACCAGACAAACAUACGGCCAAUGGGGACCUCCCCUCUGCACCUGUCACUCAUCAUGAAGGUGCCAGUCGGCCGGUGCCAGCACCUCGCAGGGUUUCUGAACCGACCCCUCCUCCUCGUCCCGCCCCGCGGGUUCGGUUGCCCCGAACUACAGACGGCCUUGCAGUGGCUGAACAUCAGAAGCCUCCAACUCCUCCCAAGCCUCGAGAAAGAUCACAGUCUCCUGGAAGCUUGUCGAGUGGCACCCAUAAACCCAAAGACCCACCUUGGCUGGCCUUGGUCCAGUCAGAAUCUAAGAAGAAGAAAGCCCCUCCCCCUCCCCCUGGUGGAUUGGCAACACCUCCCAAUACAGGCUCUCUGUCCUCUCUCAAAGGGGAAGGCUCCAGGCCCAGUACACCCCCUCCACCCUCCAACCCAUUUGAGGAUGAUGAUGAUGAUGAUGAAAAUAACGAGGUAGAGGAAGAAGAGGGGAGUGAAGGGGGUGCAAUUCCACCCACAGUGGUGGCUAGUCACCCGUGGUACAGCAUCACUCAGGCGGCUGAUGCGACAGGUACAGAGACUCCCCCUAGUGGAGGAAGCUCAUCCCGCUCUGCCAGCCCCGGGAGCGCAAGGAGUAAGAAACGUCCGGCACCCCGGGCUCCACAACCAGCUGCUGCUAAUCUAGUUCUCCCUCACUCGCAGCCCUCCUCUUGCUCUCCCUCUCCAGCUCUCAGCAUAGAGAGUCUGUCCUCUGGCUCAGACCACAGCUCCUCCCAGCCCCCCUUGAGUGGCAGUGCCAGCAGCGACCAGGAACACGCCUUCACCAAAAGUCUCUCAGAGCCUUCCAUCUGUUCACCGUGUGACUCUACGGCCUCCCCCUCCUCCUCCUCGACCGAGCGCCUGCCACAUCCUUCCCCCAGCCCCUACCCUUCUCCCAUGCCAUCAAAUGCCAGCUCAGCUCCAGCCACCCCACAGACCAGUCGCAGUUCGGGGACCAAAGGGGCUGGAGCCCCUCCACCACGACCCCUGACGACACCCAGCCCACUGGCCUCAGGGGGCACCCAAUCACACAUCAAGCGGAUAUGUAAGGAGAACCCGUUCAACAGGAAAGCUUCUCCCUCCCCUGCUAAAUCCAAAAACAGACCACCCAAAGGCCCUCGUCCUGCCAGACCCCCGGCCCCUGGCCAUGGCUUCCCACUAAUCAAACGCAAGGUGCAGUCGGAUCAGUUUAUCCCCGUGGAGGACAUCCACGGGGAGAUGGGUCAGCUGGAGAAACAGCUGGAUGAGCUGGAGCAGAGAGGAGUGGAGCUGGAGAAGAAACUGAGAGACAACCCUAAUGAUGAGGAUGAAGAGCACCUGUUGGUGGACUGGUUCACUCUGAUCCACGAGAAACACCUUUUAGUCCGACGAGAGGCUGAGCUGGUGUACACGGCGAAGCAGCAGAACCUGGAGGAGAGGCAAGCUGAUGUGGAGUAUGAGCUGAGGUGUCUUCUCAACAAACCAGAGAAAGACUGGACUGACGAGGACAAGAGCCGGGAGCAGGAGCUGAUGGCUGAGCUGGUUACCAUCAUUGAACAACGCAACCAAAUCGUCAACAACAUGGACCAGGACAGACAGAGGGAAGAAGAGGAGGAUAAACUUAUGGAGGCCAUGCUGAAGAAGAAAGACUUCCAUAAAGAGCCGGACAGCGACCAGCAGAAGAAAAAAGCGCCAAAGUUCAAACCCAUUAAGGUGCUGAAGCGGCUGAGCAAUAAAGGAGAACCAGGCAAUAGCCACAGCCCUCGCAAAGAGAAGAGCUGAACAACAGAGGACAUAUUCACUUCCAAGAGGAUAUGAGACUGUUUUAACAAGACUAAGGAAAAUAAAAAAGGAUGUGAGAAAAGAGGUACAUCAGGUCAAGAUGAGAUGUCGUUUUCCUGUAAAUGUCUUAUUAAUGACUCUAAAGUGCAACCCAGAACCCUCUCCCUGCUCAUGUCUUACUUGAUGCUUCUCCAAAAAGUCUCUUCAGUGACUAUUAUCUGUUGCCUUUGUGUGUUAAGACAGUACAACUACUCAAGUGCUUUAAGAGCUGAUGUAUUUGCAAGCUCUCUGACCUUUCAAGCUAGUGAAGUUUAGAUUAGGUUUCUACAUCACUGCACUGAUUUGUUGUAUGUUCUCGCUUCACUUUCCCUGCAUUGCACAGCCACUCUGCCCUCAAGGUUCAACAGUCUGUCAGUUCACCUUGAAUGAAUCAGUUGGAUGCAAUUUUAUCCCUGGUAUCUAAUGAGUUUUUAAUAUGUUUUACUCACACCUUGAAAACCCGUCUCCUGUGCUCGUUGUGUUCAAAGGUCAGUAGAUGGAUAUCUGAGAAGGAAUUACGUCAUGUCUGGUUUGAGCCUGUGGUACUAGUGAAAGUAAAAGGUUUUUUUUUUUUUUUUUUUUUUUUUUUAAAGAUGAACCCUGCUUUAAAUUUUGAAACAUCUACCCUUGAACGAAAGGUCAAUGAACAAUGGGAUACAUAAACGGUUCUAGCUGCUUCAUUGUGAAUGUUUGUUGUUUUCGUCAUUUUUGUAAAUGCAUACCAUCAAACACGUGGAUGAACGCAGACACAAAAGUGGGAUUCAAAAUCAGACAGACUGAGAAAAGUUGUGGAGGACAGUGAUAUAGAAAUUACUAAACUGCAGAUGUCUGGUAGAAAGUUUUAUUAAUAUGAAAGGUCACACAUGCAAUAAUGAAUAUUAGAAAAGGCAGAUAUUCGAUAUUUUAACAACUGUAUAUGACAGUUUUAACCAUUGGGGGAAACCUGAAUAUGCAAUCAUUAAUUUAUAUUUUACUAUGCCUUUUCCUUGUUUCAGUGUUUUGCCUUUUUAAAUUGGAAAAAAAAACAUGUUAAUAUUGAGACUGUAUGAGUGCCAUUAUUUAAUUGCAUAUGUGGAUUAGCGUCAUUUAGCUAAUGUAAAUGCCCAUAUUGUUUACGCAUUCUGUUCCUGUUUUGGCAUUGAGAUUGUCUGGUUGUCCUCCAUUUUAAAUGGUAAUCUCUGUUGUGUCUGUUUCUGCUCUGUGCCUGUCUUCUUGUCCAGCUGAAACCAAGGGCUUCUGUAGCGCUAUACAUUGUCCUAAAGCAGCAGCAGGAUUAUAUAAAAAUAUUGACACUGGAAGGCAGAGAAAUAAAAUAAGUUAAUGCAAAUAGAUAA